AUGUUCUUCCCGAUCAUCAUUUUUAGCAAUUGUAUUAACAUCAUUUUCAGCAAAGAUUGCACGUCCAGUGGCAUCUUCUUCACUUACCAAGGCAUGAUGGUUAAUAUCUUGUUAUUUGAAGGUUCCAGUGGAUAUAACACCACCACUACCUUUUGGCAGAAAUUCUGUUGCCCUAAGUGUCAAGUGGAACUCCCUCCAACAUCUUUAUCCAAUCAGAUAAAAAGACGAAUUGAAUUCUUCAUAUCCACAUACUACAAAGGAAUUAUGACGUGUGAUGAUGAAACAUGCGACUAUACAACAUGGAGUUUAAACUUGCAUGUUGUUGGUGAAUCUGAGAGAGGAACAGUAUGCCCAAAUUACCUUCGCUGUAAUGGUCGUCUUGUGAGACGGUUGAAGGCUACAGUUGAGAAAGAGGUUGGUAGGAUAAGAGGUUUGGUUGGAUUAGCUUUUUCCACAGCACAGAAGGUCUAUAUUUUGUUUCUUGAUUGGUUUGAUGCAACAGCUUCUUUAGCUGGUUCAGUGGGACCCAAUGUGAAGAUGACAUGGAUUAAAUUCAAGAUGGAGAUGCUGAUGAAGAGGACUUUGGUGAUGAGGAUGAUGAAGAGAAAGAUCAUCAAGCAAUAG